CUUUCAAUCCGCGUACACUACUGAGCAUCUCUCUCAUUCGGAAGGCUGAAAAUGCUAUGAAGCUCCUCGCGCAGCGGUAAACGAGUGUAGGGAUUUCCAUGACGAGGCAUCAUGUACUGAUGGCCGUCUACUUUUCAUUGACGAGGCUGUUCCUUGUGUGCACCUGAGGUGACGUUGCCCCGCCCAGCCUUAUUCUACUUUAAACCUCGCUUUCGCUUCCGCGACGCGAUUCCUCCACACUACAACCACUUCCACUCUGCUUCCUUUUUGUUCAUCUAUGUAGAAGCUCUGGGUAAAAAGGACCGUUUCACUGCGUUCCGAGGUGCUCAAUACCUCUUAAUCACACCAAUGCGCUGUUCUCUUCUCUCCAUGGCCGGCUUCAACUCUCCGUCUCCGAAAUGGAGGCAAGUCGAUAUAAUGGGAUGGCAGACGCACGCUCUUGGCCUGCUUGCAUUCCUCUUGUGGCGAAACUUCAAGGACCAGCCUAUUCCAUGGGCAAUCGGCAUCUAUCCGCUGCUCCUCCUCUUCUCGCGACUCGAGUACUUCCUCAAAGCACGUGCCGACCCUAGAGAACCGCCUCUGAUCCCGCACCCAUAUCUCCCUUUCGUUGGUCACCUGAUUGGGAUGUUCCGCUACGGUGCCAAAUACUACGAUAUCGUCAACAAGGAAGCCAAGUACCCCAUCUACACCCUCCUCACUCUCACCAGCCGCACCGUCAUCGUCGCAUCCCCCCAAAUCGCCGCCGUGGUCCAGCGUGCCAAUAAAUCACUCUCCUUCUAUGGCGCCAUUCUCUCAGUCACGGAGCGUAUGGUUGGCUUCGACAAGACCGCCAUGUCAGUCAUCUGGGAGAAUGUGGAUCGUGAUUCCGGCGACCAUGGCUUGAUGAAUGAGUCGCACGACAUGGUCUCUUCCAUGCUAGGACCGGGGCCUACUCUGAACUCCAUGAGCGCUAUCCAGCUUGAUGCCAUUGCCGAUGCUAUGAAUAGCUACAUUCCAACUCCGCGAGCCAGGCCGGACACUUUGGAUUGUGGAAAGCCGGCGAAGCUCACCCGUUUGAUGGACUUUACGAAGCAUGUGUUUACUACUUCCAACGCAUAUGCUUUCUACGGCCCGGAAAACCCCUUCGUUCUCAAUCCCGGCCUUGACAAAGUCUGGUGGACGUUCGAAGACAGCAUCAAGCAAUUCAUCGCCGACAUUGUGCCCUCCCUCACUGCGCCCACCGCCAACACCGCUCGCAACAAAAUGGUCGCCGCACUGGAAGACUACGCCCGCCAUGAGCGCUACAACACGGCUUCCCCUCUUAUCCGCCAGCGGUUUGCCCUCAACUUUCGCAACGGCCUUUCUAUCGCCUCGACCGCGCGCUCGGAGCUUAUCCUCCUCUUCGCCAUCAUGGGCAACGCCGUUCCGACUACAUUCUGGCUCCUUGCGAACAUCUUCAGUCGGCCCAAACUACUCCAAACACUGCGCGAGCAGUGUGGAGCUGCUGUCACCAUUACCAACGGCGAACAAGGAGAGGUCCGCACACUUAGUAUCUCGAAACUGAAAGAAUGUGCACCCUUGCUCGUUUCCUGCUUCCGCGAGACCCUCCGUGGCAUCAUCGCGCUAACCUCAGUCCGUUAUGUCCGCGAGGAUGUAUCUAUACUUGAGUACCGCCUCCGCAAAGGCAGCGUCGUGCAAAUGGCAAGUGGCGUAAUACAUUCCGACACCUCGAUCUGGGGUCCUGACGCCGCCGAGUUCAAGCCUGACCGGUUUCUCGGACGGGACGAGUCUGGAGCUACAUAUGCACUCCCACUUCCUCCGUCUGUGCCCAGCGCUGCCUUCCGUGCUUUUGGUGGUGGGAGCGUGAUUUGUCCCGGUAGGCACUUCGCGUUGUCGGAGAUCAUUGGAUUCACGGCAUUGGUAUUGCUGGGCUGGGAGAUUGAGAGUGAGAAUGGCGGACUGAUUCAGUGUCCUCUCAAGGAUGAUAUGAAGAUCCCGUUUACGCCGAUGAAGCCGGUAAGGGACGUGGAUAUGAAAAUUACAAGGCGAGAUGGGUAUGAGGGCUGCGAGUGGAGGUUGGAGUUGUAGAGGCAAUAGGAGUAAAGGCGGCUAGGAUGAAUGUCCAAAGAUCAUUCAGGUCGAAUGGAUUACCUCUUCUCCUGAGUGACUGCAGCGCACUAGAGCAGCCCUGACAGUAUUAAGAGCUCGUGGAAAAGUAAUGAGACAGACUGGUUGUCCGUUUGCUCUGUAAGUACAGCUACUGCGUGUC